AAGGAGGAACAUGUGGUAAAGGUUUUUUUCCGUGGCAAAAAUGUUUUUCUUUCUUUUUCUUGUUUUUGUUUUUUCCUAAAAUUCAAUGUUUUUGCUUUACAAGUUUUCCAUCUUCUACCUAUAAUGGGGUUUCAUUGAAUGAUCAACAAAUACAAAAUAUCUGUUCUGGAACCAAAGUUUCAGAACAAAGUUACAAUCUUUAACAACAAAAUAACCAAAGGGUAUGGCUCAGUUCAUAGCUCAAGGUCGCUUGAAACUUCUCUUCAAUGGCGAAAAUGCGUCACCUUUUUUGGAAAACAAAGACCCUUUUCACUUCAAGUGUAGAUCACUUCAAACCCACAAGAGAAGAUCAAGUUACAAAGGUUCUUCUUUUUAUUCUUCUGCUAGAUUUCAACAUGCAUCUUCUUCAUAUCUCAGAAGCAAAUUAAACUGUUAUAAUGCUGAGGCACGUCCUAGUGAGGGUGUUCAUGAUGAAUAUGAAUAUGUUUUUCAAUAUGAUUCUGAGGAUGAUUCUGAUGAUGAUGAUGAUGAUGAUGAUGACGAUGUGUUUGAUCGAGAUGAUGGCAUGGCUUGUUUCCGGGGUCUUGUGUUGGAUAUAUCUUACAGGCCAGUCAAUGUUGUAUGCUGGAAACGCGCUAUUUGUUUAGAGUUUAUGGAGAAGGCUGAUGUACUAGAGUAUUAUGAUAAGACUGUGAAUUCCCCCAGUGGAUCUUUCUAUAUACCAGCUGUCUUAAGGGUUCGUCAUUUACUUCAGGUUAUUAAAAGAAGAAGAAUUGGCACGAAUAAUCUUAGUCGGAAAAAUAUACUGUUUAGAGACAAUUACACCUGUCAGUAUUGCUCUUCGCAUGAGAAUUUGACCAUCGAUCAUGUUAAGCCGGCUGCACUAGGUGGAGAAUGGACCUGGGAAAAUCUAGUGACUGCUUGUUCCAAAUGCAACUCAAAGAAAGGUAGAAAGUCCGUAGAGGAAGCAAAAAUGAAGUUGAUCAAGGUCCCAAAGGCACCAAAGGACUAUGACGUUCUCUCCAUACCUCUAACUGCAGCAGCUCUAAGAGUCUUGACAGCAAGGAAGGGGACACCAGACGAAUGGCGUCAGUAUCUAAGUUCCUCUAUAGAACCUUGAGUUAAUCUCUGGUGGUGGCUAUGAAUUCUGGUGUGUGAUGCCAGACACACUAAAGCGACGAAGAAAAAUAAUCCUCACAAGUUAUUUUAAGUAACUCAAAUUGAUGAUAAAAUCUUAAUUGUACACAAUGAUAUUCAAUAUCCCUAUAUCAGGGAUUGUGUAAAAUUUAUGUAUAGUAAAAACUUCAUGUCUAAUGUAUGUUAUGAUGGCCUAGACCUUCUUAUUGUUAUGUAAAUCUUGGUGAAAUGAACACAA